ACAACACCGGUCCAGCCCCAGUCAAAAGGAUCACCCUCUGCUGCCACUCCCCCACCCUUUCUCUCUCUAACUUUCAUCUUCGUCCAUUAAUGCUCUUCCUCUCUCUCUCUCUCUCUAAAAACCAAAUCUUUCUCUAUCUAAAAUCACUUGUUAAAUAACCCAUCAGCUCACUAAACGCACUAGCUCUUCAAAAGCUCACACACUCGUUACUCUCUCUCUCUCGGUUGGUAUCUCAAGCUUCGGUUUUGGAUUCGGGUUCUGGUCGAAUGAGUUCGGGUUGUUGAGAAAAUGGAUCCUCCACUGAUCAACGAGUCUUCCUCCUCAGUAGCUAACCCAGCAUCCUACAGCCUGGCGGAGAUUUGGCCCUUCAGCGGCGAGCCCGGUGGCAGCGGUGGCGGGUUGGGGCUCGGAGUGGUUAACUUGGGUCAGAGUUUGGGUGGGCUUGGAGAUAGCUCUGUGAACAGAGAUGGGUCGUUGGAGGAAUCGACUGUGACUGAGCAAAGCGGCGGCGGCGGCGGUGGUGGAAGGAAGAGAAGGGAUGUGAACUAUGAGGACGAGUCUUCGAAGCGGGUUUCCACUCGUAGUGGCAAUGGCUUGAAAGAUUUGGGUAAGCGGAUGAAAUUAGCGGUAUCCAGAAAUGAAAAUGACAAUUUGAAGGCUGAAGUUGAAGAAAGUUCAGCUGGUGGCGACAGCAAGCCAGCUGAAGAAAGCACUAAACCUUCCGAGCCACCCAAGCAAGACUAUAUCCAUGUGAGGGCAAGAAGGGGCCAAGCUACAGAUAGCCACAGUCUAGCCGAGAGAGCUAGGAGAGAGAAGAUCAGCGAAAGGAUGAAAGUUCUCCAAGAUUUGGUUCCCGGAUGCAAUAAGGUUAUUGGGAAAGCACUCGUCCUUGAUGAGAUUAUUAAUUACAUCCAAUCACUGCAGCACCAGGUCGAGUUCCUUUCGAUGAAGCUGGAAGCAGUCAAUUCAAGGGUGAACAUGAAUCCCACAAUUGAAGCGUUUCCUCCAAAAGAUCUUGGUGCACAGCCAUUUGAUGCUGCGGCGUUGUUAUUCAGCUCGCACACACCAAGGGAAUACGCCCAAAGCUCACAGCCCGAAUGGCUACAUAUGCAGGUUGGUGGUAGUUUCGAUAGAGCAACGUAACUUCAGGGGAUAAUUCUUCAAGUCGUAAUUGGUGGCAGAUGUGAUUAUUCCGUAGGAGAUGCAUCUAAUUGUCGUACGUAUCAUCUGACUAGAUAAUAUUAUACUCUACUUUGUUGUAUUAGUCCCGUAGAAAAUAUGUUAGAACAGCUUCGUUCAAAUGUGUAACAGAAGUCUUGUGCUUGCUCUCGAGAUUUUAUUUAUAAUAUAUCUGAUUAUUUUUA